GGGGAGAGUGCUCGGAUGACCUAAUGGCGUUACAAUGGGUCUGGUGAUGGAGGCCCCACGCGGGUCACGGCCCCACGCAUGCCCCGGCCCCAGACGGCAGCUGGGUGCCUGGUGGGGGGAUACCAGGGCCCCCCAGGCGCCGCGGGGUCACGGCCGGUGCAGCAAGAGCCUACGUGAGCGACGGCAGGUUACGGGGGAAGGGACCGCGGGUCUCCGCCGGCUCUUCACUGCUGCAGAGGGAGGUCGGGGGGAGCGAGAUGGGGCUGCAGCAGGCAGACGGCCUCCGCCCCCCGCUCCCCACGCCCCGGCCUUCCGUCCCAUGGCAAGUGCUAAUUGCAGCUCUGUUCUGGCUCCUCUGUAUUUGGGUCCCUCGGAGGGCGCUGCGCGGGAGGACACGUCACGGAUACAUUAUCCCCUCCCCUCUUGAGGCUCUCCUGGCUUUCUGCAGCCUUUGCUAAAGAAUUAACAGAGGGGUCCACUUCAGAGUUCCUUCUGCCCUGAAAAAAAAAAAAAAAAAAAAAAAAAAACACAAAACCAAAAACCAAAACCCGGAGAUACCGGUGCUUUCAGGCAAGGAGCGCAGCGGCUUGGAUUUCCAAGAGGAGGGGAAAUUUACUUUCGAUCCUUGCCGUAUGGUGAGGAUCACUGCUCCUUGCGGGAGGUGAAUGUAGCAAACCCUCUCUCUGCCUUUGAAAGGCACGUCUGUGCAAAGAGCUACCGCUUUAAAAUUUAAAUGCGUGACAAAUAAGAAGAAUAAAAAGAAACAAUUCCUGAUCUUGCAAAUUCUUUUUCUUUAAAAGGAGGGGAAAUUAAAAAAAAAAAAAAAAAGAAAAAAAAACAAACAAACAAUAAAUAAAUCCAACAGAAUCUAUCCCGCGCCUUUGCCAGCGCUCGGACUUGUUUGGAAAGAGACAACGCUGAAGUGGCACUGGUCCCAAGGAAAACGGAUCCUUUAAUUUGACUCCGCAUGAGAACCACACUUGGAGCUGGGCACAGCGGCCGGAGCGGCAGGAGCAGCCCCGCGGCCAGCAGCCCCCCGCGCCCGCAGCCCAGCCAUCUACCCAGCCCGGCCACCGCCGCCGCAUCGCGGGUCUCGGAGCCCCCCGCGCCGCUCCGCUGAAGCAGCCUCUCGAGGACGGGGAAAGCGUCGUUCUACCGCAAGACGCCGAGAGCUGGCCGAGAGGGAAGCGUCGGAAGAAAAUGCGAGCCUGUGAUUUCGGAGAGCUCCAGCCGCCAGCUCCCUCCGCACCGGCUUUGACUUUCGAUUAGCAGGGGGCUGCCCCGCCAGCUCCUUGCUCGUCUCCUCGCAUCGCGCGCUCAGGGACCACAUCGUUUGGCACGUCGUUACACGAGCAGCUCGGUCUUUCAUUAUUUUCCUUUCCUUUUUUUUUUUUUUUCAAGAGACAAAAUGUCCAAAAAUGGUCCAGCCUGCUUAACCCAAUGACUUCUUGCGUGGACGCUCUAUUUUUAAUAUUUUUUUUAUUAUUUUUAGACGAGGCCGGAUUGAGUAGAAAUCCUUUAUUGAAGGGGACCCGGUGAUUUGUUCCCCGUUGCGGAGAAGAUUCCGAUCCCAGCUGCAGGCAGAGGACCGGGGUUCCUUAGUCGCGAUGAAGGAAAAAUCCAAGAACGCGGCAAAGACUAGACGGGAAAAAGAAAAUGGAGAAUUCUACGAACUGGCCAAACUCCUGCCUCUGCCCUCGGCCAUUACCUCCCAGCUGGACAAGGCAUCCAUUAUCCGCCUCACCACCAGCUACCUGAAAAUGCGAGCAGUCUUCCCCGAAGGUCUGGGCGACGCCUGGGGACAGCCAAGCAGGAUAGGGCCCUUGGAUAACGUAGCCAUGGAGCUCGGAUCCCACUUGCUUCAGACUUUAGAUGGCUUUGUUUUCGUGGUAGCAUCAGAUGGCAAAAUAAUGUACAUCUCAGAAACAGCAUCUGUACAUCUUGGCUUAUCUCAGGUGGAGCUUACUGGUAACAGCAUUUAUGAGUACAUACAUCCUUCUGAUCAUGAUGAGAUGACAGCUGUUCUUACUGCUCACCAGCCUCUUCACCCUCACCUCUUACAAGAAUAUGAAAUUGAGAGGUCAUUUUUCCUGAGAAUGAAGUGUGUCCUAGCCAAGAGGAAUGCAGGAUUGACAUGCAGUGGCUACAAGGUGAUCCACUGCAGCGGCUAUCUGAAGAUACGGCAGUAUAUGCUGGAUAUGUCUCUGUAUGAUUCCUGUUACCAAAUCGUUGGACUGGUGGCUGUAGGUCAAUCUUUACCUCCCAGUGCAAUCACUGAGAUCAAACUUCACAGUAACAUGUUUAUGUUCAGAGCAAGUUUGGACUUAAAAUUAAUAUUCCUAGAUUCCAGGGUGACUGAAUUAACUGGAUAUGAGCCCCAAGACCUGAUAGAAAAAACCCUCUACCACCAUGUUCAUGGCUGUGAUGUGUUCCAUUUGCGAUAUGCUCAUCAUUUGUUGUUGGUGAAAGGCCAAGUCACAACCAAGUACUAUCGACUACUGUCCAAGCAUGGAGGCUGGGUUUGGGUACAGAGCUAUGCUACUAUCGUGCAUAACAGCCGUUCAUCACGGCCUCACUGCAUAGUGAGUGUCAAUUAUGUCCUUACAGAUAUUGAGUUUAAGGAACUUCAGUUGUCACUGGACCAGGCUACCAUUUCUAAAUCACAGUUUUCAUGCAGAAACUCAGUAUCUACCUCGCAGGAAACAAGGAAAAUAGUGAAACCCAAAAGUAAUAAAAUGAAAGCAAAACUCAGAACAACGCCUUACCCACAACAGCAAUACAGCUCAUUCCAAACAGACAAACUGGAAUGCAGCCAGGUGGGAAACUGGCGAUCCAGCCCUGCAGUGAAUGCUGCCACCAUUCAAGAACAAAACUUCCAUUCAGAAAACAGUGAACUUUUAUAUGCCCCGUCAUAUAGCUUGCCUUUCUCUUACCAUUAUGGACACUUCCCUGUAGAUUCUCAUGUCUUCAGUAGCAAAAAGCAAAUGCUGCCUUCAAAGUUUGGGCAGUCUCAAGGAGCACCUUGUGAAGUGGCUCGAUUUUUCUUGAGUACGCUGCAGACAAAUGGAGAAUGCCAGUGGCAUUAUGCCAACUCCUUGGUACCCAACAGCCAGUCACCAUCCAAAAAUCUUCCUGAUCAGCCAGUGAACAUCAUCCGACAUAACCUUGCACAGAGUUAUGAAGUGCCCAUAUCAAACAGAAGAUACAGCCAAGAAGCUCUAUCUGACAACUUUACAAGCUGUGCAGCACCCAUGCCAGGCAGCAGGUACAAAGAAGAGAUUUACGAUUCUGGCAUCAUGAAACCCAACAAAAUAGACACCAGGAUGCAGCCACCUCACCACCUCAUUAAAGAAGAAAACAAAUUAGCUUUUAACAGAGACCUGCAAGAAAAAAUGAGCAUUAACGAAAGUUCUUUUUCAAACGCAAUAGCCAACUCCUUGCUGCCAAAAUCAGAAUGUUUCCAGUCUAAAGCUAUAGGACAGUUAAGUCAGCUCCUGCCAAUGCCCUCAGUAUAUGAGCAAACAAGAAGGAUUUGUAUGAAAGAACCCAAGUAUGGGCACAUUAGUCACCAUUCUACAAAUCUAGAUGAACUGGACAAUGAUGAGAGAAUGACUGCAAAGCUUGAUCAUGACUCUGAAAGUGAACGUGUGAUGGAUGUGAGACCCUCUGGACAAGUUCCAUUUGUGCUUCUAAAUUAUCACCAUGUUUUAGCAAAACAUGGUACAUUUCAAACUUCAUCAUGUACAGCAACAGGACACGGAGAAAAUUAUGGAUACAAUUCCGAGGAAGUAAAUACAUUUAUUUACAAAAACCAAAGCCCCUCAUCAGCUUCUUCUCCAGAAACCCACAAGGAAACUGCACUACCCCAUUAUAUUGGAACUUCGGUAAUAAUAGCCAAUGGAAGGUGACAGUAAUAGAGGAAUACUUACAUUUUACUGAGAAGCCAAACUGCAAUGAUUUGCAAAAAGCAUGAGAAAACAUUUGGUUACAAAAUGGUUACAUUUACUGAGCAUAGCUGAAGGUCAACGAGGGACAGACUGGUGUUUUCCUGGCAAGCCACAGUGUAACAGUACCUUCAAGGUCAGGAAAAAACCCUACAUCUAGCUUCCAUGCUUCAUUGUCACAGAUAAACUCGAGUGCCAGUGAGAAGACAGACAUGUUAGAGAUCUUAUUUUUGUUAUUUUAUAGUGUGCAACAAAAUUAAAUGAUAGGUGUUACACGCAGAGAUUUAUAUAAGGAACACUUCUUCCUUAACCCCUCCUUCUCAAAAUACAUUCAGGAUUUUUUUAUCAUUGUCAUAAACAUUACAUUCUAGUUUAGGUACUUUCGACAAAUGGUGUGAAACUUGACAUCAACUCUCCACCUAUGUGUUAAACACCCUGACGAAUUAACUUUGUUUAAAGAGUAGUGAUUUUCAGUAUCUGUACUACAACUGUACUAAGUACAGAAAAGAACUCAGUUUCGAGCAAGUUUAUUUAUUAAUUAUCCAAAAGUUUUUAAACUAAUAAAAUCUGAAUUUAUUUAACAUGGAUUUCACCAAUCUCAGAUUGUUACCACCACCAUUUACCUUGACAAGGAAUGCUAUGACAAAUUAAUACAUACAAAGAUACCUAUUAAAGGGUUACAGGUCUUGUCAUGGCAAAUUGGGACAAAUCAUGUAGCAAGAACUAAACGCUAUUCCCCAUAAAAUGUUGUAAUAAGAAACUUUCAAAAUGUGUGUUUCACUGAGUGUUCUGGGAAAAUGCUGUGCAGAUUUUCAGACCAGGUAGUCAAAAAGUCCUGAUAAUAGCACCAGAAAUGUUUUGUUUAUAGUCAAGGGAAUAAUGAACAUUUAUGCUUUAUUUUAAACUUACCGUAGAGUAGACUUCUGAAGUUUGCAAGGUUCGGCUUCUAACACACUGAGCUUCCUUAGGUGUAAAUUUCAUUGUCAGCACAAAGGUGAGAUUAAUAUUUGACUGAUUCGUGCACUUCACAAAUAAUGCCAGCGGACAGUCUGAAUUUGGAAGGCCGAAAGUUACUACACAGCCACAAAACCCAAAGCUGCAGUUGAAGCAAAGCAGGGCCAGAGCACACUGGGACUUGGGACUGAGCAGUCUGCAAGUCUCUGUUUGUGUUCAUAAACCACAGUGGGAGAGAAUCAUACAGCACACAUCGACAUUUCAUCCAGCCUGCUAGGAAUAGAUUCCCCCCUUUUUACUUCUUUGUAAAGUUUACAAGUACAUAUGGGGCAUAUGGAUCCAUCAGUUCACAAGUGACAAUAGUCAGCAGGUUCUGUUUUUCAGUCGCUUCAUCAAACAUUGUGUGCUCCUGAUAACGCAAUGAAUGGCUCCCUAAAUCAGGCUGUAAAUACCAACAAUAAAGGUUGCUGUAGAUGCAGGUCAGUUUUACUUAGCUGGUUCUUGGCCCAAUUCAAGGCUAAUUUACACUUUUAAAUCUUUCUCUCUUUUGUCAGACUCUCUCUAAAGAGACCUCCACUGAGGAAAAAGCUUACCUGUCUAGUGCAAUACAGAAAAACAUUUGCUCAAGGAUUGCAUGUUGUCAGAAUGUAUGUAUGCAUGUAAUCAAAUACACACCUCUAAAAAUCAUGUUCUCCCUCUUUUAUAUGCAGCAAUAAUACCGCAAUAUCUCCAACUAGAUAUGAAUAUUAAUUGCUAUGAGUACACAAAAAUACUUUUAAGACAUAUGUUUGAAAUUACCAUUUUCAGUAUUUGUAUUGCUUCCUAUUAAAAUGUUAACAGAGAAGGCUUUAUUAUCAA